AUGGAGCUGAGCCCCGGGCCCGCUGUGCCCUCGGGCUGGGCGCUGCCGCUGCUCCUCGCCUUGGGCGCCGGGCUCAGCCACGCCACCCCGCACCUGCGCUACUCCCGCCCGGGCUCCCGCAGCAAGAACUGGUGCGCGUACAUCGUGAACAAGAACGUCAGCUGCUCGGUGCUGGACGGGACCGAGAGCUACGUCCAGGCCCAAUACAAGUGCGCCUGGAACGAGUUUCCCUGCCGACCGACCCCGGUAUACCGAACAAGUUUCAGACCUCGCUACACGGUUGCAUAUAAGACUGUGACAGAGCUAGAAUGGAGAUGCUGUCCUGGGUACAAAGGAGAAGACUGCAGAGAAGGGCCAUCGGAACAGCCUAGGGCAGCUCGUCGGCCCACAGCACCAGCAAAAGCUAUUGUGAAGAAAGGCUUGGAUGCUGAACCAACAGAAGUGCCAGAACCUCCACCACAUGAGAAGAAAAUGCAGUUUUUUGAGGAAGAAUUAUUUAGACUUACGCGAUCGGUGAUAGAACUUCAGUCCUCCUUGGCACGUGUGAACGAAAAUCUGAAGCUGACUGUUCAAGAAGAUGCCAGUAAGAUGUUGGUCACUUGGCUGAACAACCUUUAUGAUCGCCCAGAGCCUGAUAGUGCAGUUAGUGGUGAAACAGAUAGUAUUCAUCUGCCUGGACUCAGCAAUAAAGAUCAGAAGGACCCUUUUCUUGAUUUUGAAGUGGAAGAUCUGAAGUCUGAGCUAGCUGAGGUCAAAGAGGCCUUGAAGAACAGGAAUGAUAAGCUGGAAGAACUGAAUGGUAAAGUAAAAGGCUAUGAAGGACAGUUAAAACAAUUGCAGGAGGCAGCACAGGGACCCACAAUAACAAUGCCUAGUGACAAUAUAUAUCGGGAAUAUAUAGACUCAAGAUUUGAGUCUCUCAGACAGGAAUUGCUGGAAGGAUUUGAAAAGAAAAUGGCAGAUCUGAAGAACUCUUGUGAAUACAAACUACAAGAUAUCCAGCAGCAGUGUGAUGACAAUGAAAAUAACUGUUUAGGUAUAAUAGAUGUUAUAAAAGGCAAAGAAAAUGACUUGAAGAAGGAGAUAAAUUCUCUCCGUACUCAGAUUCCAUCAAACCAUUCCAGUUGCUGCAAGGAGAGUGAGAGAAAUGACUUGGACCAGCAGAUAAAAGAUUUAGAUAAGAAGCUUGACAGAGUUGUGGAAGCACACAGGAUCUUGAACGUGAGAAUAGAUAAUGAAAUCAGUCGAUUGUCAACUCCAGAUUUGGAAGACAUGUUUGGUGAGAGGCUGGAGGAGCUAGAUGCAAGGAUGAACAUCACUGAACGAAAUGCUGAAGAGCACUGCUUUUACGUUGAGGAAACUCUCCGAAACACUAUAGCUGUUGAGGCAGAUGAGCUGAGAGACUUGUUUGACCAAAAACUGCGGGCACUAGAAGAUAGGCUGGGUGGCACUAUUUUAGAGAUGGCUAAUACCACAGACCCAGAUGGAAUGUACAUGAAUCCUGUGCCUAUCAUGCCCAGUGACACUGGGUUUGCAAAUGAGCAAUUUACAGCAGAGAUGAAUCUCAUGAAAAACAAACUGCUGUCCCUUGAACGCCUCUGUGGGCAGAAGUGUCAGUCUGUACCAGAAGGUAUGGAGAACCUUCAGAAAGAGCUAGAAAAUUGUAAUAACAGUUACAGUCACUUGCUUAUGAAAACAGAGAACAACUCUGCUCUUCUGCAAUUUUUAAAUAGCUCUCUUAAUGAGAAAAUUAAGGGCAACCAGCGUGACAACCAGAAAAUACAGAGAGAUUUACGUGUACUCCGGUAUAGUCUAAAUGUCAUGGAUAAAGAUGUGAAGAAUAUUCAAGAUGGCUUGAAUAAUUGCAAGGAGCAACUUCUGGGAGUCAACUCAACCUGUAGAAAGACACAAAGAGGUGUCUACCGAAAAAUUGAUCAAAUGCAGAAGACAUUUGCAAAUCAAACCAUUCAUCCUAGUGAUAAUUGCUGCAGUGAAGUGAGAGAGAGACUAGAACAAUUAAAUGACCAAAUCCUGAAUGAUCAUAGCAAGUGUAAAGAAAAGACCCAUAGUAUGCAGGACGGCGUUUCAGAUGUUGAGAGCAGAGUCUCACGUGUUGAAAAGGUUUGUGGCAAGCUGGACUCUGUUUCGGGUAGCUUGCAGAAGAUAAAAGAAGGUCUAGAUAAGCACGUGAGCAGCUUAUGGAACUGCAUACGUGAAAUGAAUGGAACUAUAUCAUCUCAUUCCAAAGAUAUUUCUGGCCUCAAAAAUUCUGUCCAGCGGUUUUAUAGUCAGGUCUCUAAAAUUACCACAGACAUGGAAGGCAUGCUGAAAUCACAGUCUGACACAAGGCGACCAGAAGCACCGCGGCAGGCAGUGCCACCGAGACCUGCGCUGCAGCCCCAGCCUGGCGCACCAUUGCUGCCCUCCAGGCCCAGGAUCCAGUCCCCACGGCAGCGGCCCCCGCUGCAGCCGCCACAGCCCAGGCCUGCACGCCCGGGGCUGCCUGGCUCAGCCCUGACUCCAUUCCUGCCUGGCACGACCGGGAUCAUCCUGGAAACCGGGGAGGCCGGACCUCCUGGCACGGUGCUGAUGUCAGGGAGAGGCCGGCUGAGAAGCGUCGAUGGUCAGGCUGGUCAGAGCACCAUGCCCAUUGCAGAGGGGUACGCUGGAGCACCAGGAUAUCCAAAGUUAUCACCUCCAAACAUAGACUCACAAGGACCUGCUGCUGCUGCGGCCUCUCUGGUGUCCUUUUCAGCUGGGCUCACGCAGAAGCCUUUCUCCAGUGACGUUGGUGUUGUUCACUUUAACAAAGUGCUCGUGAAUGAUGGGGAUUUUUACAACCCCAAUACAGGCAUAUUCACAUCACCAUAUGAAGGGCGCUACCUGAUCACGGCUGUGCUGGCUCCGGAGAGGGAUGAGUAUGUUGAAGCAGUGCUGUCCGUCUCCAAUGCAAGUGUUGCUCAGCUGCACACAGCUGGGUACAGAAGGGAACUGCUGGAGUACCACAAACCCUACUCGGGGAAACGGACCUGUGGUGGUCCUGGAACAUUCCACCUUGUUCUUCACCUCAAAGCAGGAGAUGAAGUAAAUGUCGUCGUAACAGGAGGCAAGCUGGCCUACACAGACUCUGACGAAAUGUACUCCACGUUUAGUGGGGUUCUCCUUUAUCCUUCUAUUUCCCAUGUUUAGGCCCACCAUCAAACAGGAGAGAAGGGUAAGAUAUUCUGAAGAAAUUAAGAGUAAUAAAAUUCAAAGCUUUAAUAUAUUCAGUUUAUAUAUUUGAUUUCAGUGAUGAUUUGUCUGUAAUGAAACCUUUUUUUUGUCCUGUUACCUGAGAUAGCUACAGCAGACCUGGUUCUGUAGCCAAACUACUCUUUCUCCAAGUCCUUGUUUACCUGUACAGACAGAACAGCUGUUAAGCAACAGUUGCAUUCUGAGUUGAUACUUCUCCACUGCGCUCUUAUCCGCUAUAUUAAAUAUCCUUUUCAGUUUUAUCCCCUGUUUAUCUCUGCCAGCAUCCCAAGUGUAUCAGAGUUUACAUCUUAGCUGAAGUUUACAGCUGCAGUCAGCUAUUUUUGCGCUUUCAGUAAAGCAGGGACAAGAAAGUGAGAUUGUACAGGACACCAUCGAUGACUUCCUCGUCCUUCUGUUCUUUAAUAACAUGUUGUCAGUACGUUCUCACAAACCAAAAAGCAGUUGCUAACCAUGGUGGUGCAAGGAAGAAAAUGAUGUUUGCAUCAGGUUUUUUUCUCGCCUUUAAGGACCGAGUGCAGUGCUCAGAGUGAGUGAGUGACUCCAGCACUGUGCAAGGAGGAGCAACCCUUGCCCCAGCUUUUCAUGGGUGGGUGAGAACUCUAAGGACUUUUGACAGUGCUGUUCUCUGGAACUCUUACAGUAUUUGCAUUAAGAAGGUAUUUUUCUUCUUUGUUGCAUUGUAAAAGAUAGACCAGAGGAAAAACAGAUGAUAUGGGAAAACAGUCUUUUUAAACAGUACUGUCCAAUGUACAAACAACGCACCAGAGGCACUGUAACUUUGUUUUAGCAGCCUCCUGCUUCAAGUGAGCUUUGUUUUACUUGUUUCACCACUCAGCAUCAGUUGCUGUGGACAGGACAACUUGCCUCUUAGCUUAAGCCGCAACAAUUUUCUGUUUCUCCUGUCAGCCACUUCUCAGUGAAGGUGAGAAAAACGGUUUUUUGUCUCUUUUGAGUUAGCAUUUUGAGCUCCUCUAUGGCUGGAAAAAAAUCUUAACCAUGCUUUGAUAUGGGCAGAACUAUUCACUGCCAUCUAUAUGUUAUACAAGUGGAUCAUCUUUUCAUAGUCUGUUGAUCCUGCAUAGAGCUGUAUUUAUUAUCACAGUAGUUUGUAUAGUACGUUUUCCUUCUUAUGAAUCCAGAAUGGCUUUUUGUAGCACAGACCAGAUAAUUCCUUCACGUGAAGGAAGAACUCCUUGUGCUGUAAGCCUUCAGCUGAAGCCUUUCCCAUCUGAGGAGGUCAGAUGAACACUUGCCUUUGUUGCAUAGUUUUGGAAUAGAUACUCCCCAGUAACUCUGUUUCCAGGCGAUGAGAUGGGACCGUCCCACAACAAAUGAUCACAUCCUGGAAGUUGAGCUGCCUUUGAGAAAAGCACACAGAAAAAGCUCUAUCCCCCCAGGAGCUCUUCGUCAGUGCCUGUGUAGAUAUAGGAAGGAGCAGAGGAAGGAAAUGGCCACAGAUUUUUAAAGCAUGUGAAUGAAGGAGGUCUCCUGGUACCUGAUUUUCUGCAGUUGGGGUUUUGCUGCCAAGCACGAGGUAGCACUGGAUGUAUUCUGCUGCAGGAGCAGCUUUAGGCAGCAGCUGAAGGCACCUGGCACACUUGGCAGCCUGGGGAAUGGAGCCAGUCCCUCUCCCUCCCCUGAGUUUGUCCUGAUCUGUGCCGGGGCCAUUACCAUGCAGUUAGCAACCGUGUGCUCAUUCAGGAGUAUCCUUUCUUAUGUCCUAAAUCAACAGCCCACUGCUCUCUCACUCCUUCUAGGUCUCAGAAUUGAAGGGACAGACUGGAAAGAUUUCUUUUUAGUCUUUCUGAAAGCCAGUUACAUCAACCGUGUAUAUAUAUAUAUAUCUGAAUCAAUUUCUCAUUAUGUAUGAAAGCUGUAGAGGCAUUUUUCCUUUUAGGAUAUUUUCUACUCUCCUCAAGAAAGCUGUGUGCUCUAAGAAGCUGGCUGCUGUCUCUGUGUGACUCAGUAUUGUUGCAUUUUGGUGCCUGUUCUAAAAAUGACUCAUGGAAACAAACAAAGCAAGCUGAGUGCCUGGGGAGUCCCAGCUGGCAAACACCACUUCUUCAUUUUUAUUUUUUUUCCCCUUCCAAGUGAGACAUAUUUUUAAGAAUCAGUGGUGCAAGUUUAGCACUGGAGUUGUGUAGCUUUCAUCACCUGAUUCUCACCUAACUGCUCCUCCAGGCUUCUACCUCCAGCUCACACAUUCUCCCGAGCACAGUGCCCUCAUGGCACAACGCUGUCUUUUGCCAGGAACCCUCCUUGCACCUGGGAUCUGAGUGAUCCCAUGCAGUGCAGCACAACCAGUAUUCACAUGCAGCUAAAAUUUUCUAAACUAUAUCACAGCAGGAGUGGUUCUCCUGUUUUGAGAACACCUUGUAGGGCUGUCAGGGAUAGUUUCCUAUUCACUAUCUCUAGUGAUAGCUAAAGCUAUGAACUAUGAGCAUCCAUGAGGAACCUCUGCGUUACACUCCUGCUUCACUUGAGAAAAAUGAACCUUAAUUACCACUGUCUCAGUAAUUGCUGUAAUCGGGGCAAGUGGCUCAGAUCUUCUCAGAGCUUUCAGGGCAUAAUAUCUGCCCAGCUGGGAUGAUUGAAAUGCUGUAAUAUAGGAAAGGAGAAUCAGAGAUCCAGUUGUCCUUCAGUCAGAACUUCGUUAAAACAUUAGAACAAAAUUCUUUGGCAAAUCAAGCAAAAUUAUCUUGUCCCCUGUGCUUCUGUUUCCUAUCAGAACAGGACAGACCAGCAAGCUGACAGCCAGGGAACAUACCUCUGCUCUGGCCAAACAGAUUGCAUCCUGGAGCAGUUGGGAAAGGCAGCAGAGAGCCAAACAAUAAUUGCAGGAAAUUAUAGGCAAGCUUGGAGCAAAGCAAGAAGGCAAAUUUUCACCACAAAACAUAUGAAACUACCUCAUUAAUUUAAUUUGCUGUUAAGACUUAGGAGACAUUACUAUACUGACCAUUCAAAGCAAUGAGGAUUUUCUACAGCACCCCACCCUACAGCCAUUCAGUGUACCCCAGGUUACUUGCAGCAGUUUUGCACAGUUCUUCUGACAGAGCAUCUGAUCAGCUUGGUGAGGAUAACCAGCCAUUCCAGAACCACUACAAACAGCCAAAGAAGAACAGCUGUAAGUAAAAGGCAUGGAAGGCAAUUUGAAACAAAGUGCAUGCAAGUCCUCACUAGAGCAUGAAAUGGCCCCAAGGCACAGGGAACACACAAAGGGCUCCUCAGCUACAAGCUAGAGAUUUGUAUCAGGAGCAAAUUUCUUCCUGAGGAGUUGGACUCAAUGAUCCUAAUGGGUCCCUUCCAAUUCUGGCUAUUCUAUAAUUCAGGAGCAUUGUAUUUGCUAAGUAAGUCCUUAUGGUACAGUGCGGUAGUGGAUAUGAAUAUGUUCCACCAAAACCACAAACGCUGUCACACUGUCAGCUUGCAGAUUGAAGGAACAUCUGCUUCCUUGAGCUUUGACCAGCAGCUAGGCUUUGGUUCCAAGUUGCUCCGAGAUAAUGGUGCAGACUGUCCUGGACCAAGGAUCUGCCGAGGCUGAUCAUCAGCACAAGGUGGAUUUGCAGUCAAGCCAGCCCUCCUGUAAUGUAUCCUGCAGACUUCAGACAAGGUGCAAAAUAACAGCUCUGCCAGUCUUUUGUACAAGGGAGACUUCAAAGAACACCUUAGAACAUGUUCAUACGUAAGCAGGUUUUGCCAUUUAUGCAUUUUGCUAUCUUGAUUGUAUCAGAAAAGUAUUUUUUUUUUCCAGCAAAGAGCAGCUCAUUUGAGUGUGUGCUUUGUGUGCAUAUGUAUACCUACAAAAAUGGAUGUACAGAAACUGAUACCCAGGAACAGGAAGAAAAUUGUUCAGUGGAAACCAACUGCUGCCAUGUCCAAAUAAAACCUGCCUGUUUUGUGA